AAGUAUUUAGAGUUUGUAUUAUAUAUAAAUAACAUUAAGCAUACGCCAUGGGCAACGGAUGCUCGAAAUGCUGUAAAUGCCACGAACAUAAACAAAUCCAUGGCGCGCUCUCCACAGCCUCCGCUUCAUCAGUAUAUCGAAAAAGGAGUCGCAAUGAUUUGCCUAUCGAAAACACGGAUCGCUUUCGAAUCACACAGACCAGCAAUGCCGUACAGCUGGCCGUGGAGCAUGUGCAGCGUGAAGAUGCUGGACACUAUACGCUCUUUGCACGUACCAAGGCCAACGAUAUGGUGCGCAAGCAUAUCGAGCUCAUAGUCGAGGACAGAUCCACCGGUGAGGAUCCGCCCGUCUUUUUGCGGCGACUCGUUGAUCUUUCUGUGAAGGUGGGCACUAGAUCCCGCCUGCUGACAGAGAUACGUAGCUCUACAGAGCUGAAACUAACUUGGUAUCGCAACGAUCGGCGCAUUUGCGAGAACGAACGAAUCACAGAGACCAACGAGGGCACCUUUCACUAUCUGGAGGUGAGUCCGGUUACACUUGAGGAUGGCGGCCAAUGGAUGUUGAUGGCCGAGAACUUGGGUGGUCGCAAUUCCUGCAUUGCCACGCUUAAUGUGCUCGUGCCUAAGGCUUAUAAGACGCCAGAGUUUGUGGAGGAGCUCCGCGCCGUGCUCACCGAGCAGGGCACUGUCUCCCUGGAGUGCAAAGUGGUGGGCGUGCCAACGCCACACUUACGCUGGUUUAAGGAUUCCAAAGAGAUCAAGGCGGGCGAUAUAUUUGCACUCACUGCCAAUGCGGACGACCCCACCUCACUGGGCACAUACACAUGCGAAGCCAAGAACUGCAUGGGCGUUACUUACUCCAGCUCCAAGGUACAUGUGGUGGGGCGUGGCAGUCGCGAGGGUUCCCUAAAGCCGGCCGAUAGCUUUAGCAACAAUGCGCCGCCGCCAAUUUUUACAAAUGAACUGAGAGACAUGAGCGUGCGAAUCGGCGAUCCCAUUAUACUCGGCUGUCAAGUUGUGGUGCCACCGUGGCCCAAGAACGUCACCUGGUAUAACAAGGAUGGACGCGUUGAGACCGCGGAACGCUAUAAACUAAUUGAAGAUGGCCUAGGCGUCUAUAUGCUGGAGAUUAAGCCGUCGGAGAGCUGUGAUGCGGGUGACUGGAAGUGUGUGGUGAGCAGCUUUGAGGGUUGCGUGGGCAUUUCCAACUGUGUUGUUAACAUGGACAUUCCCCGCAAUUAUCGCAAGCCGCGAUUUAUGGAGAGCCUGCGCGCUGUGCUGACCGAAGAAGGUUUGGUGUCCUUUGAGUGCAAGGUAGUAGGAUUUCCAACACCCGUGCUCAAGUGGUUCAAGGAUGGCCACGAGCUGAAGCCCGGCGAUGUCUACCAGCUAACAGGCACCAACUCCUUGGGCACCUAUUGCUGUAUUGCCAGAAACUGCAUGGGCGAGACCAGUAGCACUGCUGUGCUCACCGUGGAGGACAUACAGAAUCAACUAACGGAUGAAGAGCGCCUGGUCUUCACACAACAGCACAAUCAAGCGCCCAGCUUCGUGCUGGGACUAAAGAGCACAGAUGCCAAGAUCAACGAGCCCUUUCAGUUCAAGGUGACAGUGAAGGCCAACCCAGAUCCCGUGCUCUCCUGGUAUCGCGAUGACUUGCCCAUCGACGCCAACGAGCGCUACAAUCAUUAUCGUGGCGAGCAGGAUGAUUGGCUGCUGGACGUCAAAGCCGUCGAGUUUGUGGAUCAGGCCGAGUGGAAGUGCGUGGCGGUCAAUGAUUUUGGCACGAGCAUCACCAGCUGCUUCCUCAAGCUACAGAUCCCACGCCACUAUAAGAAGCCGCGCUUUCUCGAAUGCCUGCGUGCUGUGCUCACCGAGGAAGGCGCUGUGAAUCUGGAGUGCAAGGUCAUAGGCGUGCCGCAGCCUUUGCUCAAGUGGUACAAGGAUGGCCUGGAGCUUAAGCCUGGCGACAUACAUCGCAUUAUCAGCGGACAGGAUGGCACCUGCUGCCUGGGCACUUAUACAUGUGAGGCGCGUAACUGCAUGGGCGUGGUGGCUAGCUCGGCCUCCUUGUUGGGCUUUGAGGAUGCGCAGCGGGGGCAAAAGAAUGCCGAGCCAGAGCAUGAGCUGCAGCGCAAUCUCUCGCUGUCCACCAUACAGGAAGAGCGCACCUCGCAGUUGUACGAGACGCCAGUGGGCGAUAUAACCAUAGAUGAGAAGGGCGACGUGUCCUUCUCCUUUGACGGCAAGGAGGUGUCCGUGUCACUGUACGAAACGCCCGACCUGACCGAGGAGGAGGCUCUGAAGAUUGUGGAAAUGUAUGCGGAUCAGAUAUCCGAGCAUGUGACAGAGCACAAUAUAGUGGAGCUGCCACCGCUGCGCUUUGUCAAGGAAACCUCACAGUCCGGCAAGCUGCUAAUGGAGGCCGUGGUCAUCGAUAUAGCCCCAGAGUACUUCACGCACGACGAGGAUAUGCGCACAGAGGCGGAUAUGGAUGACAUAUCCAUUACCGAGAUAACAGUGCACGGCUCUUCAGGACGCGACGGCGCGGGACUCUUCAAUAGACAAGCCGAGCAAUAUGCGCAGCAAUCGUUUGAAAAAAUGGAGGAGGAAUUGUCGUUAACAGCACCGCAGCGCAAGCGCAAAAAGUCGCGUCCCACGGAAACAGAGGAGUACUUUAGCCUGUCUAAGGAGGAGAAGUCGCAACAAGGGGCAGAGGCGAAAGUUGGCGAGGAGAACGACGACGACGACGAGGAUGAGACCACCUUUGCCAGCGCACAAAUGUCGAGCUCACACGCAGCACAGACGCCACCGAAGCGCAAGAAGUCUCGUAGGCCCAACGACAGCGACUCGUCCAAAACAAACGAGGACGAAGCCAAACUGCUGGACAUCUCGGGUGCUGUGGGCGAUGGCUUGCUAAUGACUGCUGCCUCACAGCUCCAGGCUGUAACUGAUGAAUCAGAGAUCCAUCAAAAUCUUUAUGCCUUGGUGCCGUUGGCCAAGUUGCUGCAGCUCAUCGACAAUCAUUUGUCAGCCGUGGAGCAAGAGGUGCUGGCACAGUCCACCAUGAUGAUGACGCCGGCGGCAGCAGAUCAGAGCAUUGCAAUUAUUAAAAACGUCUUGGAGCCCAUUAAGCAAAUUGAAUCCAAGCUGAAGGUGUACUCGGGCGAAACACAGCUGGAUGCGCUGAUGCAAACCAUGGAGGAGGAUAUUCGCCGCCUGCACAUUGGAUUGCAGGUCAUAGAAAAAUGCGUAGAGAUUGAUGAAACGGGUGCCACGCUCAUACAGCGUACAAGUGUCUGCAUCAUUGACAGCGUGGCGGAGCAUAUGAAGCGUGCGCUGCAACAGCUCAAACUAAUCAGCGAGCACUUUAAGUCGGCUAGUCUGCGGAAUCAACUGAAGCUCACGGCUGACGACAUCUAUCAAGGCUUGGACAUAACCCAGGGCACCAUACGCUCACAGGCGCUGCUCCAGGAGGCGCAACAAUUGGAGGCAGCGCAGCAUUUUAGCGAGGCGGUAGAGAAAAUGCAGGAGUUGCCCGACAGCUGCUCCUUUGCCUCCAUGAGCACGGCCCAGCUGCCCAGCGAGGCAAGUGGCUUGAAAGAGAUUUGCGGGCCUGUAGCCAAGAUACAAGCUGCCUUGGAGCGCGUGGAGCUGGAGCUUUCACAGGAGGCUAGCGAGGAGGAGAUAUACAAAAAGGUGCAUCAAAAAGUGCUUGAGAGCAUAGUGGAGCCUAUCAAGCAGUUGCAGAAUACGCUGCAGUCCAUAGAGGAUAAAACAGAGUCAUUGGCGGGCAGCGAGUCCCUGGAGCAAAAGAUCAACAUGGCUAUCUUGGAUAUAGUUACACCGCCACUAUUUGAGCUCAACAAAGGUCUGGAGCUGAUUGUUAAUGAGCCCUCAGACAAUGUGGAAUCCGGCAUGCUGACUGUACAGACAGUAGAGUCGAUGGUGCCGCCACUACAAGAGAUUCAAAAUGGAUUGGCGCAACUGGGUCAGGAAUUAGAACAGAGCCACGUAGAGCAACAUAAAUUAAACCUAGCCGACACCCAGAAACUGUUGCAGUCCAUUGCCCAAGCUGUGCUGCACCUUGAAACGAACAUAGAACGCAUCUCGGGUCGACUGACGCCGAAUGUUAAGCAACGCCUUCAGCAGCUCAAGGAUGAGAUGUCAGCACUUAUUGGCAAUAUGCUGGAACAGGAUAUAGCCAGCCAUCAAUUGGUCUUGCUCCAAAGGCUGAAGCGCCCCAUCGACGAGCUCAACUAUUGCAUGCGUCAAACUGAAAUCAAGUCCAGCUCUGGUUCUCUAGCUGAUCUCAUUGAACCACUGACAUUAUUGCAGGAGCAGACACAGCUAGCAGCUAGCCUGGUCCAGGAGCAGCACUCGCUGGUCUGCUUGGAGCGCAUUAGAGGGCACAUACGCAAUGUUAUCAUUGACAUAGAGGAGCACGAGUUUAAAAUGCUGCAGCACGAAAUACAACAGGAUGAGCAAUUGGCAGCGCAGCAGGAUAAAUCCUUCAGCGCACUGCGUAAAGCACUUGAGACAAAGGUGUCACUGGAGGAGGCCAUAUCCAGCUUGGAAGCCCUGCAGCUCUCGCUCAAUCGCGUUAGCGAACAGCCGAGAAUCUCUGCAAGGAGCAAACAGGCUGCUAUGGAGACGCAAGUGGCUCUGCUGCAUUUGCUACAAAUAGCCAAGAGCUUGGCCAGUUUUAGUGAGGCGGAGACACAGCUUAAUGCCAACGAAGCGCAUACUAGUCGCAUCCUUUUCGAGCUGGCCAAAGGUUUUGCCCUGCUGGGACAGAACUUGGAUAGGCCUGAUGCUGCUCAUGAAGCCAUGCAGCAAUUCAACGAGUUGUUGACGCAGCAGCGCCAAAGUCUAACGGGCCAGCUAACUUGGCCAGAAUUGGGCAUAGCCACUCCCUUGUCCAGUUUUGUACAGGCCAUGGAGCAGCUGCAUCAACUUAAAGCCUCCUCUGAGGAUUUAUCUACACUGGAUGAUGUGUCUGUCUUAAAAUCUGUAGCCGAAUCACUGGCCACAGAGCCUGAGGAACAGCGACUGCUGGAGCAGCCGCUUGCGGAAGUCCCCGUACUCUGUCAGUUGAAUGAAGGCAUUGCUGAUGUCUUGUCCCACUGCGAGCAACUGGACUUGGUGUCACUGCAGCAGGAGUCGAGGGAGCAGGUACAGGCUGCUGUUGUCAAAAUGCAGCAGUUGCAAGGAAGUUUAGCGCUGGUACAGCAGAACCAUCCCGUCGAGGCCGCCACUAGCUUCUCGCAGAGCACGCAAGCAGUUAGCUUUGCCCAGGCGCUCUGCACUCUGGAGAACUGUGUGCUUCAAGUGGAGCAGUGUCUUGCCCACAGUGGCAUCGAAAGCUUGUCUGAACUGCAGCUGUCGGAACUGAAGCAGCUGGCCACACCUCUGCAUGAGUUGCGUCAGCAUUGCAUACAAUUAGAGCCACUAGCCUUGGAACAGGCGCUGGACAUGUCCUCAAGAGAUGUGUCCGAGUUGAAGACCAGCGGUCAACGAGAAACAGAGCAGGCAGCAGUGCAACAGCAAGCAGAGAUUGUCACGCCACCAGAGUUGGAAUUUUAUGAUGGCGUCGUUAGUGGCAUUAACCAGCUAGAAGCCUGCUUGGAGUCAACUCAAACCGAAUGGCAGCAGACUGAGGAACUGCGAAAGGUGAGCGACAGCAUGCAUCAGCUGAAUGCUGAUCUGAGGCGCAUACAGCAGGCUUUGGCGGCGAAUGAGGACCAGCAGGCCACUGUUUUGGCACAGGCUCAGAUAGCCCGCAGUAUGUUCCAACUGAAGGAGUGUCUGAUGCACACAUAUGAAUCUGGACUGGUAGACUCUUUGGAGCAAGUAGAGAAUGCAUUUGAGGACAUUUUGGUUUCUCUGCCAGUGCUAGAAUCUCAAUUGGCGCAAGAAAUGAUGUCGAAAAUUUCCACCACCUUUGAAAACUUUAUCCAAACACAAGAAGGUCCACUUGUUACCAACUUUGAACAGCUGCUGGCCUCCAUCAAAGCUGUGGCGGACUAUUCACAAGUAGAUCUGGACAAAUCCAGCAGCUUGUUAGUGCAGCUGCAAACGCAUCUAAUGGCUUCAUUUAGAUGCCUCAAUGAAAUCAGCGAGUCGGCAGAUGAGCAACUUUUGAGCGCUCUAUUGAAGACCCAAAGCAGCUUGGUAGCGGUCUUUGACUUUAUUGAGCAUAAUGAAGGCAGCAUACGUAUUAUAGAGUUACUUCAAGAAAUCGAUUCUAUUUGUGCAGAAUUAAAGUGCAUAACUGUACGUACAACAGUUGCCGAACCACUUGAUAUAAGUCAAAUAAUUGAAAAUGUCGCCGCGGGCAAAAAUUUGCUUACCGAGAUUGAGCAAGGUCUUCAAGAUGAUAAUCCCCUGUGUAUGCAACUCUUCGCUGAGAAUACGUUAGAGCUUGAGCAGUUGGAAGCGACGCUAAGACAAAUUGAACAAGAAAUACUUUAUAAGCCUCAGUUGGUUGUAAUUACACCAGAGCAGUGGCAUUUGAUCGAGUCUAUGCAGCAGCAAAUAGAUGAGUUCCAGCUUAAAUUGAACCAACUAAUUGAGAUGCAUGAAGAGCAGAAAGUCUUGGAGGAAACUAUUACAAAAUCCAAAAGAAAACUGGAAAGUGCAAUCGACCAAGCACAACAGAAAAAACCCAAAGGAGAGGCCGAGAUUCAAGAUAUUGAUCAGACAGAUAAUGUAAUUCAAAGCGAGCAAUUGCUUCAAAGUCUGCAAAGCCAAUUAGCAGUUUUAAUUGAAGCUCCCACUUUGAAAAAAAUUGCUCAACAGGGCAAAGAUAUGCUGGAAAACUUAAAUGAUACCGACAAUAUCGUGAAGGGCAUUUUUAAUCUCAGAGAGCAUAUUGUCCACACUUAUGAUGGUGAAUCGAUGAAGGAUAAUGCU